AUGGCUCCUCUGUCACUUCAACCCCAUCGUUGGAUCGACUUUGGUCCGGAAAGACAUCUAUUCUCAGAUGUUUCUGUUUUGCAAGGAAGACCUACAGUUUGCAAGACUAGUGCCGAACUAAAACUCGAGAGUAUCUUACAGGUCGCAAAUCAUUCCCCCGGACAGCCUGGGCAGGCGAAGCCAGGCCAGCUUGCAGCCACCAAAUCUCAAGAUCCUAAACCUCGUCUUCUGCUGAUGGGUCUUCGUCGGAGUGGGAAAUCCUCCAUCGCAAGUGUUGUCUUUCAUAAGAUGCCCCCAAAUGAAACCCUGUUCUUAGAGUCAACUACACGCAUCCAGAAAGAUUCCAUCCACUCUUUCAUGGACUUCCAGGUCUGGGAUUUCCCCGGUCAGUUGGAAUACUUCGAGCCAUCUUUUGACCUCGAAGACAUUUUUGGGAGCCUCGGUGCGCUCGUCUGGGUCAUCGAUGCCCAAGAUGAUUACCUGGACUCCGUGGCGCGUCUGAACCGGACCAUCUUGACUGUUCAGCAGUACUACCCAAACAUUAACAUCGAGGUCUUCAUCCAUAAAGUUGACGGGUUGUCGGACGAGUAUCGCACCGACACUUUCCAGGACAUCGUGCAGCUAAUUUCCGACGAACUGAGCGAUGCCGGAUACGAGAACGCCCCCGUCCAUUACUACCUCACUUCUAUUUACGACUACUCCGUUUUCGAGGCUUUCAGCAAGGUAAUCCAGAAGCUGAUUCCCAACCUUUCCACUCUCGAAAACUUGAUCAACACUCUGGCCAACAACUGUGGAUUCGAGAAGACUUAUCUCUUCGACGUUCUGAGCAAGAUCUACAUUGCGUCUGAUACUCGUCCGGUGGAUAUGUCGUGCUAUGAGAUGUGCUCCGAUUACAUUGAUGUCAUUGUGGAUAUCUCCGAGCUCUACUCAUGGGAUCAUCCAGACCGCAAGCCCAAGGGUGAUCAAACGCAGGAGGCAGAGAGCCAUGUCGUUCUGCACGACGAAACAAUGAUUCAUUUGAUGGAAAUGAAUAAAUAUCUGUGUCUAGUUUCCGUGAUCAGGAAUACCGAAUCCAAAGAAAAGAAGGGGCUAAUCGACAUGAACUGUCGUACCUUCCAAGAGUCGCUCAACGAUGUUUUCUCUCGCAGUUGGGAGCAGGAACAGGAGCAAGCGCCCGAUCGACUGGAGCAAGUUCCCAGCUGA